CACACACAGGGGCGGACUGACAACUCAUAGGGCCCCUGGGCAAUAGGGGAUCAUGGGGCCCCUGUGUCCUUGCCCAAACUCAAAAAAGCUUAUGAAAAAGGUACCAGGGGCAUCUCAUGGGGCCCCCUACUGACCCCGGGCCCUCGGGCAGUGCCCGAGUUUCCAAAUGGUCAGUCCACCCCUGAACACACACUAUUAUCUCGCUGCUAACUUUGCCCUAUUCUCCCAUCACACAUACAAAAGAGCUUCACUUUCUGCCAUGUUGCAUAUUUUAAUCCAUGUAAUGUUAUAUACUUUGUAACAAUAAACAUUUUUAUUUUAUUUUG